AAAGAUAAAAUUCUCUCCUUCACAAUUACAUUGCAAGUUUGUCGCUCAAACAUUACUCAUAAACUGGAAAGAAAAUUCAGAAGCCAAGCAUAGAAGUAAAACAUUCAGAUAUGGGAGCUAGAAGUCGGCACCUUGUUUUAUUUUUGUUGUGUCUUUCCUUCUGUUCAGGUAUAAGUACAUCCAUAACAUUAAGAGAAGAUGAAAAUCAUGAAAUAUCAUCAUAUGAAUUUAGUACUCAAUUGGAUUCAAUUCCAAUUGUCAACCCUACUACACCAGGAACAGGAAAUCCAUACACAACCCCCACAAGCCCAAACACAACCCCCACAAAUCCAUACACAGCCCCUACAAAUCCAGACACAAAUCCAACAAGCCCAACAAACCCAUACUCAAACCCAACAAGCCCAACAAAUCCAUACUCAAACCCAACAAGCCCAACAAAUCCAUACAUAAACCCAACAACACCAACUACAACUCCAACAAGCCCAACUACAACAACUCCAACAACACCAACCACUUCAUCUGGUGGUGGUCAAUGGUGUGUUGCUAGCCAAUCAGCUGCAGAGACCACUCUACAAGUAGCUCUUGAUUAUGCAUGUGGAUAUGGUGCAGAUUGCUCACAAAUUCAACAAGGAGGAAUGUGCUAUGACCCUAAUACAUUGAGAGACCAUGCUUCUUAUGCAUUCAAUGAUUACUACCAAAAGAAUCCUGCACCUACAAGCUGUGCAUUUGGAGGAGCAGCAACACUUACAAACAAAGAUCCAAGUCAUGGGAAUUGCCACUAUUCAUCCUCCAAAACAACAAGCAUGAGUCCACCAACAUUUGUAAGCCCACCAAAUCCACCAACUACACCACCACCAAGUACUAUGACUCCAACCACACCAAGUAUAAUGACUCCAUCUACACCAAGCAUGACAAUGCCUGAUCCUGAUGGAUCAUCAUCAGUCUAUGGUGCACCACCAGGAGGAAGCCCCAAUAUAGCCACAUCUGCUUCUUAUUCCAUACUUUUGUUACUUACAAGCCUCUGGGCUUCACUUCAUGUGGAAAAUUACAUCUAGAAGAAAAUCAAUGGUCAAUCAUUCUCUAUGUGAUGCCAUGGAUUGGAAUUCACACUCAGAAAAUUUUGCAAGAUUUCAAGGAAGAAAAGUGAUCAAAAUGCCAUAUUUGUCAUAUCUUGCAACUAAAAAGUAGUACUAUACAGUAUACACUACCUUGCAUCAAUGUAUCUCCUUUUAGUAUGUUAGAAAAUUUAUAGGUUAUUAUAGACAUUUCUUCUGCAGUAUUAAUAACAGUACACAAUAAAUUAUUAGAUUAUCUACUGAUAUAUAUAAAAUUUCUCA